CCGGUUGUCGGGGCUCCGCCCAGGCUGGUCGUGCCCGCGGGUGUCGGGAGUGCGCGGCUCCGGCCUGUCUGCUGGCAGUGAUAGGGGUGAAGAUGGCGCCGGGCGGAUGGAAAUCCUAAUGACAGUCUCCAGGAUCGCUUCUAUCUGUACCAUGGGCGCCAAUGCCUCGGCUUUAGAGAAAGAGAUUGGUCCGGAACAGUUUCCAGUGAAUGAGCACUAUUUCGGUUUGGUAAAUUUCGGAAAUACCUGCUACUGCAACUCUGUCCUGCAGGCACUUUAUUUUUGCCGCCCUUUUCGAGAAAAAGUUCUUGCCUACAAAAGCCAACCCAGGAAGAAGGAGAACCUCCUCACCUGCUUAGCCGACCUCUUCCACAGCAUAGCCACACAAAAGAAAAAAGUGGGAGUCAUUCCUCCGAAGAAGUUCAUUACCCGGUUACGGAAAGAAAAUGAACUUUUCGACAACUACAUGCAACAGGACGCUCACGAGUUCCUGAACUACCUGCUCAACACGAUAGCCGAUAUACUACAAGAAGAGCGAAAGCAGGAGAAACAAAAUGGCCGCAUGCCCAACGGAAACAUUGACAACGAGAACAAUAACAGCACACCGGACCCCACCUGGGUACACGAGAUCUUUCAGGGAACGUUAACUAAUGAAACCAGAUGUCUUACGUGUGAGACGAUAAGCAGUAAAGAUGAAGAUUUUUUGGAUCUUUCUGUAGACGUUGAACAAAAUACAUCGAUCACACACUGUUUAAGGGGUUUUAGCAACACGGAGACCCUUUGUAGUGAAUAUAAAUAUUACUGUGAAGAAUGUCGCAGUAAACAGGAAGCACAUAAAAGGAUGAAAGUAAAAAAGCUGCCUAUGAUUUUAGCUCUUCACCUAAAGAGGUUCAAAUACAUGGACCAGCUGCAUCGAUACACAAAGCUCUCCUACCGAGUAGUCUUUCCUUUAGAACUUCGACUUUUUAACACUUCGGGAGAUGCCACCAACCCAGAAAGAAUGUAUGACCUUGUCGCUGUGGUCGUCCACUGUGGAAGUGGUCCAAACAGAGGACAUUAUAUUGCAAUAGUGAAGAGUCAUGACUUUUGGCUGUUGUUUGAUGAUGACAUUGUAGAGAAAAUUGAUGCACAAGCUAUAGAAGAAUUCUACGGGUUAACAUCAGACAUCUCUAAGAACUCUGAAUCUGGGUAUAUUCUCUUCUACCAGUCUCGUGACUAAAAUGAGAACUGUGACAAAGACAUACAUUCUGCCUCAUUUCUUCUUUGUACAGUUGGGACAAGGAGAAAGCACUGAUAACUAGAUAUGUAUAUAUACGUACACAUAUAUGGCUAGAUAUGUGUAUAGGUUAUGUAUAUACGUAUCUCAAGCUACAGACAAGAGAAGAAAAUACAUUGGAGUACUGGGAGCUCAGGGGGGCAUUAGCGCAGUUUGCACACGCCGAAGCAAAGAACACGGAUCAAGGAAACAAAGAAACUCAUAUCUGGAGAAUUGAUUUAUUUGCUCUCAGGAAUCACACUCACCAUACAGUUCCAUCACUACUACUGCUCUACCAGACUCUUCACCAUUGGUGGAUUGGACUUCCAGUCAUAGAUUAUCGUUGUCCGUCAUAUUAUUUUAGCUAGCUAUAAGAUGCGUGGAGUGUUCCUGAAACCACAAACAGAAGCCUGUGCAUUUCCACACUGUCCAUUCUUCACCACAAGCAAAAAUAUAAAAAAAAAAAAGGAAACGCUGUAUAAAAAAAAAAGAUAAAAAAUAGAUAUAUAUAUUUAUAUAUAUUUGCGCCCAGCAACCGCAAUUGCCUUUCUUUAAAAGGACAGUAAAGAUGAGCCCGAGUCAGGUGGUUGAAUGCCUGCAGAAGCCUACAGCGUAUGUUCGGAUGAUAAGCUUGGGAUCAGUAAUGGGUGUAACACCCCCCUUUCUCCUACUUUUUUUUUUUUCUCUUUUUUUUGGGGGGGAGCAGUGGAGGUGCAAGAAAUAUUGAUAAUUUAUUUUCGCACAAAUGUUGAAAUGUUGGCGCCUACGGUUGGAAUCAAGGUCUUAUUUUCUAGCUGAAAAUAUAGUCACAAAAUUUAAUGUAAAUUUGUUGUUUAAUUUAUUGGUCGGAAGAUGGCAGAGGCACAUCAUAGUCGUUCACAAGGAGUUAAAAAAAAAAAAAAAAAAUAUGAUAGAUAUCUAUAUACACACGGGAAAAUUCCUUCAUUUUGGCAAAAUAAACCCGGCAGCUCUUUCUGUCAUGUCUGUUUUAGUCAAAUGCUACUAUUUGCAAUUCUGCAUUGUCUUGUCUUAGAGCUUUGCAUUAAAACGUUCCUCUGUUACUCUUCCUGGAAAUGCAUGAACAAAUUAACAUCACAUUGUUAGCAUUCUAAUUAAGCAUCCACUAUGGCAUUGUCCAGUUUAAGCUGACUGGGACAGAUAGAGGACAGUUUUCCCCAAUUAAUGGCUCUUCAGUUGUUGCAAAACUACAGCGCCCAUCAUGCCCUGACAGCCUGCGGCUGUCAGGGCAUGAUGGGUGCUGUAGUUUUACAACAACUAGAGAGCCACAGGUUGGAAAACAGUGUUAUAGACCAUGAUAGGAAAGUCAAUGGCUUUCAGGGCAUGAUGAGAGUGGUUACACAGUUUAGGGUGGUGUCACAUGUAGCGUAUCCCCAGCGUGUUUCACGCAGGACACGGUUGCAGCAGGGAUCUCACUCUAGUGACGGUCAUUGGCGCACCUGCAGCGUGAAAAACGCUACGGAUGCACUACGUGUGACCCUACCCUUAAAGAGGGUCCUCUACAACGCAUCCUCUAUUCAACAGCCUCCAGCUGUUAUAUAAACUACAACUCUCAGCAUGGACAGACAGCCUUUAGCUGGAGGCAUCCGCGAUGGGAAGCACUGCCAUAGACAAAAGGCGCUGUGCCGCGCAUGCGCAACUUGCCUCUCCAUUAGCAACCAAAACCUUGUCCCAGCAGUUUCACCCUGUCUCAAUUUUAAACUUAGAGGAUAAGUACUAUAGGAUUAAAGGCAUAUUUUAUGUUACAAUUCCAGGAAGAAUAGCAAAGGGACGUCAUGAUACGGAGAUUUAAAGGGGUACUCCACUGGAAAACAUUUUCUUUUAAAUCAACUGGUGCCAGAAAGUUAAACAGUACUUUUUAGAUGAUGUAUACUACAGAGGAAGUUCUUUUCUUUUUGAAUUUCCUUUCUGUCUGACCACAGUGCUCUCUGCUGACACCUCAGUCCAUGUCAGGAACUGUCCAGAGUAGGAUAGGUUUUCUAUGGGGAUUUGCUCUUACUCUGGGCAAUUCCUAAAAUGGACAGAGGUGUCAGCAGAGAGCACUGUGGUCAGACAGAAAGGAAAUUCUAAAAGAAAAGAACUUCCUCUGUAGUAUACAGCAGCUGAUAAGUACUGGAAGGAUUGGGAUUUUUUAAUAGAAGUAAUUUAUAAAUCUGUUUAACUUUCUGGCACCAGUUGAUUUAAAAGAAAAUGUUUUCCAGUGGAGUAUGCCUUUAAGAAAGAUGCUUUAGAAUCGUUCUAUCAUUAGGAAAGAUGACAGGUUCCUUUUUAACCAGAUCUGGUAGGUGCAGAAUGAUUAGAUUUUCUGCAUUAUGAGAAUUAAAGAAAAUAAUGUAAAAAAUUGGUUUGUAUGGGUGUUUUUCAGCACAAAAAUUGCUAAUAUAAAAUAUGCCACUAUAAUUUAAUGUUUUCAAUCUAUGGAGUCUAAUGUCUUUCUAUGCCCAGACCACUUGUUCUGAUCUUCCAUAUUAUUUGCACACAAGAAUUUCUUGCUUAUUGGAUGCCCAAUAUAAGGAAUUUUACUGAGUUUUAUGUAUAUCUGUAGGUAUAUGUGUGACCUAUAUGUACUCACACAUAUAUCUUACGCUCAAACAUACAUGCAGUGUGUUUGGGAUCCCUUUUCAGUGGGAUUUACGUGUAACAAAGAUGGUGAAAAGAUAAAUCUGUGUUGGUAAAUGUGUGCUAUGUUCUAGGUUACGCUAGUUCAUGACUUCUUACAUUCUGAGAUGCUGUUUCUAUGCUGAAUUACGUACCAAAGUUAGAGUUGUCAGCCUUUAUUACAUCAGCUGUUAAUACGUAGCCAUUGGACUUACAUGCUGGGAAGUACUGUUCGCUUUGGCUGCGGUGAUAGGAGCCUGACUCCCCCCAUGGUAGCCGCAUACACUUGUGGCACUAGAAUUUUGUACAUUUUGCAUAAUGUGUUUACUCUUUUUCUUAUGAAUCCCUCUGUAUUCUGCUACAUUUAAAGGGAAACUGACAGCGGAUUCACCUGCACUAAAAUACACUGGUUUAUAGUGUGGAUGAAACUGAUUACAAUGAGGUAUCACUUCCAAGUCCAAGAUACCGGUUCCGGAGAUACCCGUUUUAUUAUCUGGAAAUGGACUGCUUUGCCCAUUGGAGGUGGGACCCGGCAUACCCAACUCUCCUGCCUCUGUCCCCUCUGCACAGAUAUACCUGCCCACCUUGCACUCGCAUGGAUGGAAUACAAUGAAUAGUGAUAAGCUGGGUGUGCAUAUCGGCGCAGAGGGGACAGAAGUAGUAGUUGGGUAUGCCGACUCCUGCCACCAUUGCAUAGGACCUGGCCAUUUCUAGAUUAGCAAUGCUUGCUAAUACAAUGGGUAUCACCGGAACCUCUAAUCCGGGUAAGAUGUACCUCAUUGUAAUCCAGCUCACCUGCACUGUAACCCGUGUAUUGGGUUUAGUGCAGGUGAACCUGCUCUCUGUUUCCCUUUAAGAGACCACCACUGAAAAACAUCAUGAGAACAUUGUGAAAUGCAACUUUACAAUGAGUAUCCACCUUCUUAAUAUUUUAUCUAAGCCUAAAUUCACAUUGCUGUUCUGAGUCCGUUCGGCUCCUUUUUUUUUUUCCACCUAACUAACCCAACCAGGUCCCGGCAGAUCCCAUUGACUUGAAUGGCGUCCGUCUGGAAUUCGGUAGUUUAUUGGAGAAAAAAAAAUGCAUGCAUGCCGCUAAACUCUCGUUCCGACUGAUUUGGUGAUGGAGCUCCAUAUAGCGGAGCACGAUGGCAAUGUGAACAAGUACUAAAACUGAACUGUUCAUUAGUAUUGAGCCCUCUUGACUGUCGCAUGUAUAGUACAGGGAGUGGAGUAAAAACAUACCCAAGGUUUAUGGUCAUGUAGGUUGCAUGCACAGGAAAUACCUCCUUUUAGUAUCCCGAGCAUCUUAAGAGCCUAGGAGGUGCACUUUUCAUGCUAGGUGCUUAGGAGGUGGACCUUUCAUGCUAGGUGCCUAGGAGGUGGACCCUUUUAUGCUAGGUGCCUAGGAGGUGGACCCUUUUAUGCUAGGUGCCUAGGAGGUGGACCCUUUUAUGCUAGGUGCCUAGGAGGUGGACACUUUUAUGCUAGGUGCCUAGGAGGUGGACCCUUUUAUGCUAGGUGCCUAGGAGGUGGACCCUUUUAUUCUAGGUGCCUAGGAGGCGGACCCUUUUAUGCUAGGUGCCUAGGAGGUGGACCUUUCUGUAAACUGAGCACUUCCCUGGCCACUCCUCCUCAGUGUUGAGUGACAGCUGUAGUAUCCAAUCAGGAGACUAUUAUGGGCUGAGAGGAGUGGCCGCAGAGCUUUUGACACUUUUUUUAAUAAGACGUCUGCCUUUCAUGCUAAAAGAUAAUUUCUGCAUGAUUAUAAGGCUUUGUUCACAUUCUAGAAUUUGUGCAUGGAAUUUUUCAUUAAAAUUCAGCAUGAAUUUAUAGCCAAUACACUUCAAUGGGAUUCCCAUUCAUGCAGAAGAAUUUCUGCUGCAAAAUUUCCGCUGCAGGAAUUCCUUUCGAUGUGAAUGGACAAUUUACUGCAGAAUUUUUAUGCAGAAUUCCGUGCAGAGAUUCUGCUGUGUGAACGUAGCCUAACUAGGUACCUUUUUAUUCCUUUCUCUGGACUGAAAGGGAAACGGUCAUCGCUUUAGAUCAUUAUUAUAGACAAAUAUUCGGUGCUUAUUCAUUUCUUCAAGGGGUUUUUCCAUCUUUGCCCCCUUUCUAAAUUCGCCCCCAAGUAUCAUGGUCCCUGUUUCCUACCAGGCCAGGGCCAGAACUCUUUAUUUCUGAUAUAGAGCAUCAUGGAUUCAGCUUUUACAGCAGUGUUUUCCAACCAGUGCGUCUGCAGCUGUUGCAAAACUACAACUCCCAGCAUGCCCGGACAGCCGAAGUCUGUCCGGGCAUGCUGGGAUUUGCAGUUUUGCAACAGCUGGAGACACUCUGGUUAGGAAACACAGCUGUAGAGAAUAAAUGGAGCACUGGCUUGCGCCUAUUCUAGGGAUAACUUUUAUCAUGUGAGAACCCUUAUAAGAAGUUACUCUGCACAGAAUUGGGAAUUUGAAAAGAAGAAAUGGUAUUGGAGGGUGGACCAUAUACGUUCAGUGGAACAAAAAAAAAUUAAAAAGCAAUUUUUGGGUGGAAGGGUGCAGGAACAAAACUGAAAGUUAUGAGCGACCUGGUAGGGAGACAGCAUAGUAAGAGGAGAUAGGCUUUAAGGUUCCGAAAACUUAAAUGCUAAAUGCUGGUGCAAGGUUAAUGUUUCCUUUAAUGCCGGGCCUAGUAAGUUUAUGCAGAUCAUGUUAUUUUUCCUUAGAUUACUUUAUAACGCCUAAAAAGAAUAGCUUAAAAAUAAUUUUUUUCUUUUUGUAAAGCAUUUCCUAUCAGUAGAAUUUUUUUUGGCAUAGAUCUGUAGGAUAUAUGAAACUUUGUAAUAUAUCCUAUCAGGGGAGGGAAAGUGUCCUCUUCCUUGCCUUCCAGCAGUCUUUAGUUUCCCUUUUCCUGUUUGAAGGAUCUCUAAAAAUAUUGAGGCAGGGUUCAUACUGAGGAAUUUCCAAUUUCUUUGAAAUUCCACUUGGAAAUUCCACUGCAGCAGAAUCCCAUCCCAACAGAAUAUCGGCGACAGAAUAUCCACCAUGAUACAAUGAUCUUAUCACUCUUUCGGGGGGAUACAGCGACGUCUAUUGGGGCGGCAAUGUUUGCGCAGUCCUAGAGCUAACAUUCCGUCGGCACAGGCCGCUCCAGCUGGAAAAAUUCUGUACGGAGAUUCCUCAGUAUGAACCCUGCCUUAGCGAUGUCACACGGCGAAAUCUGUGGAAUAUAUUCGCCCGUAAAACACGGUUGGAUAUUCUGCACAUUUGCUUGAUUUGGCAGCUCUAGGACCGCCUGGAAAUGUCUUCAUAGACGGCAAUGCAUUUCCAAGCGGAAUCUGUAUUUCUGAUGUCAAAACGUCUUCUGGAGACAUUCCGACACGUGCAGUGCAGCAGAACCCCAUUGAAAUUAAUGGGACUCUGCUGCAGUGGAAUUUCCAAGUGGAAUAUUCCUGCAGAAUUGCACUCGGAAAUUCCGCCGUGUGAACAUAACCUUGGAGCUGCAGGAAAUGCAUUUACAAAACCAGCAAGAGGAAAAGCAAAAAAGUAUGUGAAAUAUGCAGAUAAGUCAUAUUUCUGGCCGCACUACAUCGAAUAUAAAUCUACAGCUGCCAAAGCAGGGUUGUGAUUUUUUCUUUUGUGUAACUAUAGGUACUGUUUGAAGUGGUUGUGCAGGAUUAAAAUAGAGUUUAGAAUUAUUAAAAUUUUUAUACUUCUUUUUCCAGAAGCUGUGACACUUUUGUCCAUGGCCAAUUUCUAGUAUUACAGCACAGCACCAUGCGACUGAAUGAGGCUGAGCUGCAAUGCAAAAAUAAGGCACUGUGUACACUAUGAGAAAUCCACUUAAUUUAAUCGGCGCUAUGACCGCGCAGAUACGCGCCGUCCCCAUUGACGGCAAUGCAGUUCCGUGCGGUAUUCUGGCAAAAGGAGGAACAGAAUGAGUACAAAAUUGAAAGCAAUGGGAGGCUGCUGCAUCAGAAUCUUUGCACAAAAUUCCGUAUUGUGCUUUGGGCCUUAAAGGGGUACUCUGAUGGAAAACCCUUUUUUUUUUUUUAAACAACAGAUGCCAGAAAGUUAAACAAAUCUGUAAAUUGCUUCCAGUACUUAUCAGCUGCUGUAUGCUCCACAGGAAGUUGAGUUGUUAUUUUCUGU